UUAAGACCUGUUUAACUUUCCCCAACCCCUUUUGUUUCAUCAAAAACAACAAUGUCCAAUUAAAAUCAAUAGUUUGCUUUAUUAUAAUCAUCUUAAUAACCCUUGAUUGAUGAAUAGAUGGCAGAAUUACCUAUCCUCUCCUUCCUAAAUAAGAGACGACCUAUCAAAGCCAAAGCUUAAUUGACAGUAGAAGUAAAUAUAUAAUUUUUAAGAUUUUUCUAGAAUAACGACUUUGAAAUCGAGAUAAUCAACACUAAAGUAGUUCAGAAUAGUUUCGUAGUCUAUGAAAUUAAAAUAAAGAAAGGAACUCUUUUCUGGAUAUUUUAAACUAGAUAUAGCUUAUUGGAGAGUUUGAGUUCAAAAUUAUCAAAGAAUCUCAAAUCCAAUUUACCAAAAUUUCCAGAAAAAAGACUUUUUGGAAAUCUUGACAAUGAUUUCAUAGUAUAAAGAGGAAAAUAACUUGAUACAUAUUUGAAAGUAUACUUAUAUCAUUUAAUUUAUUAUAGGCAUUAUUUAAAUUGGGAAGGAGUGAAAAUACAGUACGAGAAUUCGUACGUUAAACAUAGAAAGCAGCAUUUAUGAUCAAUGACCCUACUGCUGUUAAAUUAUUCAAUCUUGAUGCAUGAAAUAUAAUAAAUCAAAAUAAC